AUGUACUCAAAUUUUGAGGUAGAAGAAUAAAAAGAAAAGCAAAACAGUAGCAAUAAUUUACCUGAUAAAUAAUUAUAGUCAUAUUAUCAAGACUAUUUGGAUCCAGAAUAUAGAGGGAAUCGACUUCCUUAUCAUAUUAAAUUAUGGAGAAAUAGAUGUAUUAUAGCGCUAAUUUUAUAAACAGUUGCUUCAUCAAGUGGCUUUGUAAUGUACACAAUUAGAAAAAUGAGAGUGGGAUAGGCAGUAAAUGUAAUGUGUUUAUUGUUGAUAAUAUUUUUUGGACGUGGAGGAGUUCUAACUCUGAAUAAAAUGCAUAUUGCAGUUCAUGGAGUCAUAACUAGUUCAGUAUUUUCUGUAGUCUUCCUUUACUCCAUUUUAGAAAUCCUCUUUUUGAGGAAUGAAGAUGAAUAAUCCUCUGAGAAGCUUAUGCUUUUUAUAUUUUGUAUACCAUAUAUUGCUGAUCUUAUUUGUGGUGUUUGCUGCUUAUAUCUUUCAGUAAUUUUGUAUGAAGCUCAGAAGCAGGAAGUAAAACUGGAUAUUCCUUAAUUAAAUGAUAGUCAAUUAUGUGCAAUAUGUAGUUCAAAAUAAAUUAAUACAGUAUUUUAUCCAUGUGGGCAUAAGGCUUCGUGCUAUGAAUGUUCCUUAUAAAUUAAAUAGAGUUAUAAAAUGGAAUGUCCUUUUUGUAGAUAACCCAUUAAAGAUUUAAUAGUAGUCUAUGAUCUAUGA